AUGGUAUCUUUCCUAAAUUCCUUACAAACAUUGAAUGCCGAACUGAGUUUCCAACAAAAGAAAGAUGAAAUGAAACGGGUUUUCGAGAAAUUCGACACAAACAAAGAUGGCAAUAUUAGUUUGGAAGAGUAUAAAGCAGCUGCAAAAGCUUUGGAUAAGGGGGUAGGGGAUACUGAUGCAGUGAAAGCAUUUAAGGCCAUGGACUAUGACAAAGAUGGAUUCAUAGACUUUAGAGAGUUUAUGGAAAUGUUCAAUGGAGAAGGCAAUAAAAUCUCAUCAUGUUUCAACUGUAAGGUUGUCUUUAACCUGAAAAUUAGUGCUGAUGAAUUGUCUCAAAUAUUUAAGAGGUUAGGAGAGAGUUGUAGCCUUAGUUUGAAAGGUGUCGAUGGUGAUGGAGAUGGUCUUAUUGAUUUGAAUGAGUUUACAAGGAUGAUGAUGAGUGGCAAGAAAUGUGUCUAA